UCUGGGCUGGCUCUGGGCUCCUCACUGAUUUAAGCAGUUACCUUCAUGAGAUCUGACUUCGGGGUGCUCAUCGAGGAGGAAGGCAGAGCGGUCCCCAGGCUGCAGAUGAGAAAGGAUGACAGUUUCUGAGACUUGACCAGCUCCUGGAGGGCCCUCUCACCUUUUCAAAAUGCCUUUUAAAGCAUUUGAUACCUUCAAGGAAAAAAUCCUGAAACCUGGAAAGGAAGGAGUGAAGAACGCCGUGGGAGAUUCCUUGGGGAUUUUACAAAGAAAAAUCGAUGGGACCAAUGAGGAAGAAGAUAGCACUGAGCUGAAUGAAGAAGGAAGGCCAGUACUGACUUCCAGGCAGAGGUCACCACUCUGCAACUGCCACUGCUGUGGCAUCCCCAAGCGUUACAUCAUUGCCAUUAUGAGUGGGCUGGGAUUCUGCAUUUCCUUUGGGAUUCGGUGCAAUCUUGGAGUUGCCAUCGUGGAAAUGGUCAACAACAGCACUGUAUAUAUUGAUGGAAAACCGGAAAUUCAGACAGCACAGUUUAACUGGGAUCCAGAGACAGUGGGCCUCAUCCAUGGAUCUUUUUUCUGGGGUUAUAUUGUGACACAAAUUCCAGGUGGUUUCAUUUCAAAUAAGUUUGCCGCUAACAGGGUCUUUGGAGCCGCCAUCUUCUUAACAUCAACCUUGAACAUGUUCAUUCCUUCUGCUGCUAGAGUCCACUACGGCUGUGUCAUGUGUGUCAGAAUUUUGCAAGGUCUAGUGGAGGGUGUGACCUACCCAGCCUGCCAUGGGAUGUGGAGUAAGUGGGCACCACCUUUGGAGAGAAGCCGACUGGCCACAACCUCUUUUUGUGGCUCCUAUGCAGGGGCAGUGAUUGCCAUGCCUCUGGCUGGGGUGUUGGUACAGUACAUUGGAUGGGCCUCUGUCUUUUAUAUUUAUGGCAUUUUUGGGAUUAUUUGGUACAUGUUCUGGCUAUUGCAGGCCUAUGAGUGCCCAGCUGCUCACCCAACAAUAUCCAGUGAGGAGAGGACAUACAUAGAGACAAGUAUAGGAGAAGGAGCCAAUGUGGUUAGCCUCAGUAAAUUUAACACACCAUGGAAAAGAUUUUUCACGUCGUUGCCGGUUUAUGCAAUCAUUGUGGCAAAUUUUUGCAGAAGCUGGACUUUUUAUUUGCUGUUAAUAAGUCAGCCUGCUUAUUUUGAAGAGGUCUUUGGAUUUGCAAUAAGUAAGGUGGGCCUCCUGUCAGCAGUCCCACACAUGGUUAUGACUAUCAUUGUGCCUAUUGGAGGACAGUUGGCUGAUUAUUUAAGAAGCAGAAAUAUUUUGACCACAACGGCUGUCAGAAAAAUCAUGAACUGUGGAGGUUUUGGCAUGGAGGCAACCUUACUCCUGGUGGUUGGCUUUUCCCAUACCAAAGGGGUGGCCAUCUCCUUUCUGGUGCUUGCUGUAGGAUUUAGCGGCUUUGCUAUUUCAGGUUUUAACGUCAACCACCUGGACAUUGCUCCCCGUUAUGCCAGCAUUCUCAUGGGGAUCUCAAAUGGAGUGGGAACCCUUUCUGGAAUGGUCUGUCCCCUUAUUGUUGGUGCAAUGACGAAGCACAAGACCCGGGAGGAAUGGCAGAAUGUGUUCCUUAUAGCCGCCCUGGUGCACUACAGUGGUGUGAUCUUCUAUGGAGUCUUCGCUUCCGGGGAGAAACAGGAGUGGGCUGACCCUGAGAAUCUCUCUGAGGAGAAGUGUGGAAUUAUUGACCAGGAUGAAUUAGCGGAGGAGACAGAACUCAACCACGAGAGUUUUGCGAGCCCCAAUAAGAAGAUGUCUUAUGGUGCCACCACCCAGAAUUGUGAAGUCCAGAAGAAAUGGAGAGGACAGAGGGGAGUGACUCUCGAUGAGGAAGAGCUGACAUCCCACCAGAAUGAAGAGGGAAGCUUUUCAGACACAGCCUAAUGUCUGAGGGGCACUUUCAUCUCUCCUUACCUUAGAACCAGAAAGUAUCCAUACCUAUUGCCUUCCCUGUAGCCCAGCUUGCCAGAGGGUCAAAUAUGUGAACACUGGAGGUAGGAGGGGGGAGAAGAGGAGAUCUAAUCAGCAACAGAGAAAGAAAGGAAAAAUAUUAUCUUGCAAUGACACUUAACGGGCAUAGAGCUUGCUCUCAGUUGAAAAAAUGGGGAUAAAUAUAUAAUUUUUUUGGAUUGGCAGUUGACUCUUCUCAAAGAAUUCUUUAAGAAUUGAACUUAUUCAGAAAAGAAUGACUAGAAGAAUAAGGGAGAUAAUACCAUGCUGUUCAAAGAAAAAUUGAAGGAACUGUCCGUAUUUGGCCUGGAGCAGAGAAAACAUUAGCUCUCACUGCAUUUCUGAGGGCAUCCAUGCAGAAGAGCAUUUCCUAUUCCCAGGAAAGGCUACUGCUCAGGGAGGCCCUGCAUUGUGCCAGGUGCUUUAGAAGCAUUCUUACUUAAUUUCCACACCACUGUGACAUACGUUUCUUGUCGUCAUUUUACAAUUAAGGAAGCUAAAGCAACAAGAUACUGAAUUGCCCAAGGGCCAGGGCUGAGAUUGGAGGGGUACAGAAUAGGUGGCAGUUUCAGGGAAGAACUUUCCACCUCAAUGUAGAGAAGACUUUUUUUUUUUUUUUUUUUUUUUUUUUAAAUAAUGAAAACUGACACUGGAGAGGGUUGUCUUGGGGAUAAUAUCUUAUUUUGGAAAGCAUGGAGGAUGGGAAACAUUUGGGUUGAUGUGAAAGCAUCGCCAUUUUACGAGGGGCUGGAUUAAAAGAUCCUGGGUUUGGAGAGAGGUUAAAAUGUAAAAUGUUAAAACAAAACAAAACAAAACAAACAAAAAACAAGAAAGGAGAAAGAAAAGAAAAAGGAAAAAAGGUAAGUAAGAUAGAUAAAUUUUCAGGCAUCUGAUGUCUAGAAUGGCUGAGAAGAAAGCAAGGGCUUGACUAAAUUUUGACCCUUCAUGAUAUCAAGAAUGUAGUUAAAUAAAUAAUGUCCCAGAUUACUUAUAGAUCUUUAGGACAUUUAGUAAUUUAAGAAGUUGAUUCAUGUGUUUUAUUAGGUGAAAUUCUCUUGGAAGAGUCUUCUGGUUUAAAAAAUGUAUAUCUUUAGCCAUUUCUGCUGGUGAUAUUUAGAAGUUUGAUCAAACCAUGCACAACUAUGAUUGAAGUGUUCCUAAUGGCUUUAUUUGGAAUGUUACUGGGGAAAAACCACAAUAGUAAUUAUCCAGGGAAAUGAAAUGAAAGCAUGUAUGAAAGCACCUGUGGCAACUAGACCCAUAGCUAAUGUUGAAAAAUUCAUCUUUGGUCAUAUAAGGCAAUACCAUGGAUACUCUCUGGAUAUAUUUUAAAAUCUAAUGGUAUUUCAAAAUUUAAAGCUGGCAUGUAAAGGAUUGUUUGAAAAUAAAGUUAUUUCCCUGUUCA